AUGGGUCAAUUGCAGCUAUUCAGCACCAGCAGGACUCCUUACAUCGAGAUCGAAUUUCGAGACGCACCUAAGAAGCGCAUCAAGCGUAAUUUGUCGCUGAAUUGCGACGAGAAUGCGAACGAGACACGGUGCUGUCGCUAUCCUUUGACGGUCGACUUUGAGCGGUUCGGCUGGGAUUGGAUUAUUGCACCGAAGCGUUACGAGGCAUCAUACUGUGCCGGGGAGUGCAUGAUGACCUUCCUGCCCAAGUACGAGCAUACGCAUGUAAUGCAGCUGAGCACCUCAGCCAUACCGUGUUGCUCGCCGAAAAAGAUGCGCCCGAUAAAGCUGCUGUACUUUGAUCAGAGCUACAACGUGAUUCUCAGCAGCAUACCAAACAUGGUGGUAGAAAAGUGCAGCUGUUCCUAAACCGAUGGUAGUGUUAGGAGUGACAAGGGAAUGGUAUACUACCGGGGCCACAGUUCCGAAAAUGGCCGUAUAGAUAGUUCACUGCUGCGUGACAGUGGAGCAUUGUGAAAAAGGUGGAUAUAUUAUCGUCAAUAUAUUAAAAGGAAAUCAUGUUAACUCACGUCCCCAAACCCCAGGGACAAAUGAAUGAAAAAAACAAAACGAUAUACCAAAACGCGGAGACCUUGCGCGAUACGAACCAAUUCCAUUGGUCAUUGCAUCCAGGAGAACAGGCGAAGGAAUGAGGGAUACUGUACUUCUUCUACAACGUUUGGAGCUUAAUCAAUUUUAGACUAGAUUUUUGAGAUUUUAGAUGUAAAAAACUUCGGGAUAAGCAAAAACUAACUUGAAAUUGAGCGAAAAAAAUCAAACUCAUGUGUUCGGCGUACGGGUGAUAGCAAAAUUAAAAUAUUAGUUUCGAUUGGCGUACAAAAUUAUCCUCGUUUCGAGACUGUGACAAAGCCAUUUAAGCGAUUUACGGUAGGCUAGUAGACAGUGUAAGACAACUGUAAGUAGCAGUGCAGGAGAGAGAUUGGUGUAAGGGUGCGUGAAUGUUAUCAAAAAUUGUAUGCCAGAAUGAAACAAAUAGUCAUAAUUUUGGAUAACAUGUGAUAAAACACACGAUACUCGUUCUGGUCUGGAUCAGCUAACAAAUUGGAUCGU